CUGUGAUGCUGCAGCUCCUGUAGUCUCUCCAGUCUCCAGUAAACAGCAGUCAUGGCGACAGUGGUCCAACCGCUCUCUCUGGAUCGAGAUGUUGCCAGGGCCAUCGAGCUGCUGGAGAAGCUCCAGGAGUCGGGUGACGUUCCCGGUCACAAGCUCCAGUCUCUGAAGAAGGUCCUUCAGAGCGAGUUCUGCACAGCCAUCCGAGAGGUGUACCAGUACAUGCAUGAAACAAUCACGGUGAACGGUUGCCCGGAGUACCAGGCGAGGGCCACGGCAAAGGCCACAGUCGCAGCCUUCGCGGCCAGCGAAGGUCACUCCCACCCGCGGGUGGUGGAGCUACCUAAGACGGAGGAAGGGCUCGGCUUCAACGUGAUGGGCGGCAAAGAGCAGAACUCGCCUAUCUACAUCUCCCGCAUCAUCCCGGGAGGCGUGGCGGAGAGGCACGGCGGCUUAAAGCGAGGGGAUCAGCUCCUGUCCGUCAAUGGCGUGAGCGUGGAAGGCGAGCACCACGAGAAAGCGGUGGAGCUGCUGAAGGCGGCCAAGGACAGCGUGAAGCUGGUGGUUCGCUACACGCCCAAAGUUCUGGAGGAGAUGGAGGCUCGCUUCGAGAAGCUCCGCACGGCCCGGCGGCGCCAGCAGCAGCAGAUCCUCAUGCAGCAGCAGCAGCAACAGCAGAACACGAGCUCGCAGCAGAACCACAUGUCGUAGGUGAGGCGCUUCAUUGCUUUAAGGGUGGUGGUGGACCACCAGGAGAACAAAGGGAAAACACCACCCACGAGAUUGGCUGCUAUACAUUCAAACAGCUCCACUUUAUUACCCACAACAGCAAUUAUGAUUAAUUACUCAUAGCAGUUAAAAAUUAAUUCACAAAAACAACAACAGGAUCUCUGUAAUAUGCCGCCUGCUGUUGCUUUAUUUCGGUUUAUAGUUCCAGUCUGGACGGUCGAGGCUGACUCUGAGAUGAGAGCAGAUUAUCUUAAAACUUUAAAGAACUUCCACAGUGUUUUAUUCAUUUUUUUCCCUGUCGUCGUCGUCGGCUCCCUUCUCAUGCAACUCUUUGUUAUUCAGAUGUGGUUCUAAAACUGUUUUUCCUGAGUCUUGGGUUUGCUGGAAGUGUAAAAGAAAAAUAACAUUUCCAAGCAUACAUUAAAGGAACAUAUAGAUGGAGAGAGGUGAGCUAUAUUCGCCUCGCAGCCACUUUUAUUGUCUCGUGUGCAGGUGGCAGAUAUUAUCAUCCCGGCACGAAGCCCGAUGCCUCGGUGGUAUAUUUUGUGAACUUCGCUGCCUGUAUCCUCUGUGCAAACAUUACUGCUUCUGCCACGUUCUGUUGUACAGGCUGUAAAUUAUUCAACUUUAAACCGAUUACAUCUGUGGCUCAUGCUCUGCAGGUAUGUGGAUAAGUAGACGCAGCCUGCAACGCUGCUACUUGGAAGCUGCAGCCCGGUGGAGGGCGUAGAUACCUCAGACAUUUAGAAACAAAGCAAACUUUCACUGCGUGAAAAUAACUUUUAAUCAGACAAACUAAAUCAUAUCAUGCUACGCUUAAUCCUGCCCAGACUUCUCGAAUGAUUCCCUGACGUCCCGGAGGCGGGCAUGUGUCCAAGAUCUCUACGGCGCUGCCCGUUUGAUGCUAAAUCCCCCAAGCAUAUCUCUUGUCUUGCACUUGGCACGGCACAGCUUGGGAAGGUAUUUAAGAGCUUGUAACAGUGUGUCGUUGGUGGAGCUACAGACCGGAAAACUGAGCAGGGAUCAUGUUUUAUCAAUGCCGGCAUGCUGGCCGCAGAGAUUUGCCUUGGCGGCCAAGAGGAUGCUGACCGGGGUGACACGCACAAGCAGACGAUAAUUAAACACAAGCCACUGGUUAGCCUCGUCUCUGUCAAGCAGAUACAAACAUUACACAACGAGCUGGGGUGAGAACGAUAAUUAGUUACUGCUGUCUGAAAGUGGAGCCUGUUCAGUGGGUAUGUCUCGGACUUGUUUUGCAUUGUGGUUUCCACAGUCUGUCUUUCUGCAAUUCAUGGCAAGGCAGCAACAAUGGCAUCGACAUAAUCUCCCUGUAAUUGUAGUAAAAACAACAUUCUCUCUUGCAUAAAGGCUCUCUGUGUCCGUGAAACACAAUGAACGGUGUCACUAAAUGCUUCACGGUAUUGUCUUUGCACUCCAGUGUUGUAAACAACACAGCAGGCCUGUUACAUACACGCCUAAAACAUCUCCGCUAAUCAGCAGAUCCUUGUGCAGGAUUCAUAAAACUGAAGCUACGAAACGUACAAAUAGAAAUAUAUUCACUUCAUGCUCGUUUAAAGUAACUUUCUGGUACAUUUUCAGUAAAAAUAUCAGAGCUGUCGUCUUUCUUUGAGAAGCUGGAGCUCGAGAUGUUUCACCUCUACUUCAGUUUUCACUGACUGGAGGGGAAACCCAAGUACUGGACCCACAAUGCAGAUAACAGGCAGGCGUAGGCUUGGAAGGCUUAUUUACAAAAAAGGUGCGACACAGGUGAGUGACGGUGAGGUCCAGGGAACAUGUCCAGGGCAGGAGGGUGAAGCACAAACAAAGGCAGGCGGAGAAGGUGAACGAGACAGGGCUGGAGGACAAAGCAGACAGACGAGCUUC